AUGCUCAAGCACCCAGCGGCACUGAGCGCCACGCCUGUGCGAUUGCCCCCAAGACGGGGGCCUGGGCUUGCCAUGGUCCCAGAAGCCGACAGCGAUGUGCCGGAGAAGGCGCCCUGGGAAGAUGCGCGCCUGGAGUCCGAGCCCUCAAAGCCCAAGGCCAAGGCCUCGGAGGCCUUCAGCGCCUUGCUGGAGAAGCUGCUCCAGCAGCACCUCGAGGAGCUGGACGCGCGCGAGAGGCAUUUCAAGAGGCCAUUCUCCAAAGAGGCUUCCCCCUCAGCGGUCACGCUCAAGGAGGUGCGGGUGCUGCCCAGGAUCAUGAGCGAGGACUCCUCCGGCAUUGGCUCGCAGCACCUGCUGCGCGCCGCCUCUACGGUGUCCAGCAAGGACAAGGAUCAGAUCCCCAAGGCGCAGGUGCGCAAGAGCACGCUGAUCGACGCCUUCAAAGGCAAGAACGGACGAAGGGGUCGGAAGAGUAUUCAAGUCCUCGACAUGGACUCAUCAGUGGCCGAUCUGCAGGAUGAGGCAGACGCGUGGGACGAGCUGACGAGACUGCAGAGGUGGCAGCAAAGGCUGGAGUCGUAUAAGUACGACAUGGGCAUCGCCACUCUCUUGUGUCUGAAUGUGCUUUGGAUGGCUUUUGAGCUGCAGGUCGCCGGCUCCAUGUCGGGCUACGAUGUGGGGGUCUACAGCCAGCGCCCGGUGCCCCUGGAGGACUUGCCCCAGUGGGAGGCUGCCUUCCUGACCGGCGAGCUGGUCUUCACGUCCUUCUUCUUCCUGGAUGUUGUGGCACGCAUCUGCAUUCUGAGGGUCAAGUUCUGGAAGGUUUGGGUGAACUACGUGGACCUUGCGGUGGCGCUGCUCACCUGCCUGGAGGCCGCGGCCCUCUUCUCCCAGACGGGCCUUCCGGUGGACCCCAUCCUGCUGCGCCUGGUGCGCAUCGGCAAGCUGGCGCGCGCCACGCGGCUGGUGACGCUGAACAGUGUGCUCUCGUCCCUGGAGCUCCUGGUGAAAUACUUGGCGGCCUCUACGAACAUGCUCUUCUGGAGCUUUUGCCUGCUGACCUUCAUCCAGUGCGUGGCUGGGAUCCUGGCGAGCACCCUGUGCCGCGAGUUCAUCGGAAACCCAAGCAACAACAUGGAGAUUCGCAAAGAGGUCUUCCAGUACUACGGGACCUUCAGCCGCACCGUUCUUUCGAUGUUUGAAAUUCUCUUCGCCAAUUGGGGCCCGCCAUGUCGAGUCUUGGUGGAGAACAUCAGCGAAUGGUUUUCGGUGUUUUUCCUCCUGUACCGCUGCGUGCUUGGAUUUGCGAUCUUAAACGUCGUCAAUGCCGUGUUUGUUCAGCAAACGAUCAAGACUGCCAGCUCUGACGAAGAGCUCGCGUACAAGCAGAAGGAGCGGGAUAUUGCCGUGUAUACCAGGAAGGUGAAGAACCUUUUCCAUACAUUGGACACUUCUGGUGAUGGAAACAUUGAUCAAGAUGAGUUCGCGCAACUUGUGGACUCUCCUAUGCUUAAGUUUUGGAUGAGUCAGCUGGAACUGGAGUACCACGACCUGCUGAGCCUCUUUGACUACCUCGACAACGGCGAUGGUGAAAUCACGCUGGUCGAGUUCAUAGAAGGCGCCACACGCCUUCGGGGAUCUGCCAAGGCCCUGGAUAUUUGGCGCAUGGAGGCGAAGGUGGAGUCCCUAUUCGAUCAGUUGCUUGAAGUCCUCCAGGCCAAAUGA